GCCGUUCUCCUCGAAGCUGCGGGUGACCGAAAAUGGCAACCGAAACCCGGCGACGAGAUCUCACCCCCCCUCGUGUCAUGUCACUCGUGCCCAACUCCUCCCCGUCACCGCUCUACCCGGCCAGCCAGAUCCAGAUGUCUGGCACGACUCGCCGGCCGGGCAAGCCGCCGCCGCCAUCUCACGCUGCGAAGCGGCUGGCACUGCGUCUGACCACCCCCCUCGCGUCGCUGGCCCUCCUCCUAUGCGCCGCCGCUGGCGUUCUCCUCUACUCCAAAACCAUCCCGGCGUCCCAAAUCGUCGGCCGCUCAAAGGAAUCCAGUACGGCGCCCUCCUCCCCGACGGUGGAGUCGAUCGAGGGCGCGCGCGCCAUCUGGGAGCUCCCCGCGGCGCCGGCCAGGGGGGUCCUCUUUGUAGCCCACGGCUGCCGCUGCCGGCCGGAGAACUUCUGGCCGCCGUCCCAGCGCUGCCCCGGAUGCGUCGGGCUGCCGGAGGACGUCGCCAUCACGGCCCGCGCGCUACGGAGGCGGUUCGCGGUGCUCGCAGUGGCGAGCGCCGGGGACUGCUGGUCGCUGGGGAAGGAGGUGGGCGCCGCCAAGCGGGCGAUCCAGUCUUGGACCGCCAAGAACGGCCUCGGAGGCCUGCCAGUGGUCGCCCUCGGCGCGUCGUCAGGUGGGUACUUCGUCUCCCGGCUUGCGGCCAAGAUGAGCCUAGCCGCCGUCGUGAUGAUGAUCUCUGAGGGCGUGUUCGACCCGGCGGGAGCGCCGCCGGGCUAUCCACCGUCCUUGUUCCUUCACAUGCCCAAGGACUAUAAGACGGCCGCGCUGGUGGGAAGGAAUGUGAAGAUGCUGAGGAGCAAUGGCGUUGAGGUGAGGGAGCUUCAGAGCCUGGAGCUUCCUCUGACGCCGACGCUGCUGUCCGAUAGGAUACCAGGGCUGGAUCAUGGGUUGUCUGAAAGGAUUUGGAAGGUUUUCAGUGAGGAAGGAUUCGUUGAUGAGAGGGGGUACAUGAGGAAGGAUGGCCGGGCAACUCCAUGGAAGAAUGCAGUGGUGAAGAGGGGGUUCUGGGAGGAGGUAUCCCAGUGGGCUAAGCACAUCCAAGAGGAGCUGAAUCUUGCUUAUGGAUACCAUGAGAUGACAAGCUUGCAGAAUGAUGAGAUGUUGAAUUGGAUUGAGGAGCACCUGAAAUGAGGAAACUAUGGGGUUUAGCUCUGGGAAUUCAUCUAACAUGAAUCGACACUGAACUACGGAACAUACAGGCAUUAUGUUAAGUAACAAAUUGACUUGAUGCGAAUAUGUACAUUUCCUUCA